AUGGCCAGCGGCUCUCGGAUUCCCACACUGCCGCAGUCCAAAGAGGCGCUGCUCAAGUCUUACAAUGCACGCCUCAAAGAAGAUGUACGCAGCAUGCUGGAGAACUUUGAGGAGACCCUCAAGCUGGCGCGCAGAGAGAGCCACAGCCAAAUAUCGCGAACGACGCAAUGCGAGCAGGAUGCCCUCGAAAUGCAAAUACGCGCCUCCAACAUGGUGCGGGCGGGCGAGUCGCUGAUGAAACUGGUGGCCGAUCUUAAGCAGUAUCUAAUACUGAACGAUUUCCAUUCUGUCAACGAAGCUAUCACAAACAAUUCACAGUUGUUUAGGGCCACCCAAAUCGAGUGCGACAAGAAGCUCAUGAAGCUGAGGGACGAAAUGGCAAUGGACUUGUACGACCUCGAGGAGGAGUACUACACGAGCAUAUUCAAGUAGAGAUCCGGGUUACUGUAAGCCAAUUAUCUAUUCAAUACAACAGCUUCCAGACCCAA